AUGAAGAUUGAUGUCGUUCUCGCUUUCGCGAUCGUGCAGACUAGCCCGGUGCUUGCUGGUCUCCUGUGUGUCAUGCCCGACGGGAAUAUGAACCCAGGCGUGCCCAUCUGUACGUCGGUCGGCGGAAAGCCUGCGCCGGACUAUCAACCCGCGUGCUGUGGCGUUGACGAGAAGCAAAGAACUUACGAAAUAGGAUGCCAACAUAACGGCGGUGUUCGCGCGCAAUAUACUUACUAUUGUUGA